AAAGCUUUGCAAUUAUAAUUGCUUAUGUCCGCUACGAAAUAAGCAGCUGCAUUGGGGUUGUCCCUCGUCGCAAGCGCAUGCAAACGGUGUUGGCCGUCGGCAAACGGUGGGGCCAAUGUCCCCUGCGGCACAGCACCUGCGGGGCAGGAGCUUUGGCGCGCUGAUCGUUGCCUUGAUUCUCCUCUCUUCUGUGGUGCCCGGCAUUUCUUGGGCAUGGCUUCCGCACAAGCACGGUAGCCUGCGACAAAGCAUCAAGUCCAGGGACUAUCCAGUAUCUACUCAGAAUGCCGGCUCGGGAGCCCAUGCGUCACCAGCUGCAACACCCGAACAGCAGCUGCAAUUGCAGCAACAGGGGGCCAUGAAGACAGCACCCACCUCGGGUGCUGCUUCCCAAACCGCCGAGCAGUUGCAACAGCAGCACCAGCAGCAGCUCCUGCACCUAGCCCAGCUGGGCAGUGCUCGUUCCUGGACGCACCUAGCCAGCCUGCAGGCCGGCGGCUGCCAAGACACCACCUGUACGGCACCCUACACCAUGUACGUUGUGAGUACGGCACCCGCGCCGUACACUUCCAACUCCAUUGCGGUCCCUGCUGCUGCUGUCAACAGUCACGUCGCCGCCGCUGAUGGUUUUGAGGAGUUCAACAUGCAAGGCCAAGAUGUCAUAAGCAGCCGCACCGAUAGCAGCCGUAGCGAUGAUGACGAUGAUGAUGAUGAUGACGGGGGCCCUAUGACGACGUGCUUGUCGCUGGUAGCUACCGGCUGCUAUGCGCCGGCUGCCCGUAGCUCGCCCUGCUGUACGGCACUCGCACGACAUCUACGGCAGAUCGAGAUUGGGAUCGACCCGUCCUGCGCCUCCAGCGUCUCCUCCAUCAUGCUCAACGGCAUCCCCCUCACCCGCCACUCCUCCAUCAUCAACUCUUCCUCCUCCUCGCACUCCUCCUCCGCACGACUCCGCAUCUCCCACUUACGUCUGGACUAUUGGUCUGCACUCGACGCCCAGCUUUGCAUCACGCUACAGCCGCCAUGCAACACCCUGGUCAAGCUGUGCGGCAGUAGCAGCGUCGCUGGAAGCAAGUAUUGCUUGGUGUCGUACGAGGACAAGACGCACGACGACGCCAAGUGUUGUAAUACCUGCCAGCUGCCGGUUGGUGACGGCGGCGGCGGAGAUAGCGGUGGC